UUCUUUUCAAAAUAAGAAAUCCCCCAAAUUCGUUAUUCGUGAAGAGCCAAAACAGAUAUUUGAUAACCCAAAACUAAACGCUUGAUUUCCAUUUCAGACGUCCUUUUCCCAUAUCUUCUUCUGUACUCCCCGAGAACUGGAGAUCCCAGAGCUCUGUGCUUUUUUAGGGUUUCAAUUUCUUCAAAGAAAAGGUUUUUUCGGUCAAACCCAUUCGGAAAUUCGAAGUUCUGAUAUAUUGAAACGCGGUCUAAGAAAGAAUUUCAGGUUCUUGCAAUUGAAAUUCUAGGGUUUCCAUCCGAUUGCAGAUUUGGAUCAAUCUAGAGUAAAGAAUGGAACUUCCGCAAGAAAUCGAUGAUUACAUCAAGGAAUCGAUUCAACACACGCUUGGCCUUCCCGUCUCGAGAAGCACCCUUGAGCUGAAGCUUCAAGCCUCUGAAGAAGCGCAAAGUCGGCUUCGUGAUCAGUGCUUGCUUCUUCACUCUCGGCUUAAGGAGAAAGAUCAAGCCAUCGAACGCGCUAGGGCGGAAUCUAGUAUGAGUGCGCUGGCUUUGAAGAAGUUUGUCGAGGAAAAUCAGAAAUUAGCAUCUGAAUGCGCUCAUCUCUUGAACCAGUGUAACAAAUUGGAAAAAGAGUGUUCGUUGUAUGAUAACGAUAGGGAAGCAUUGAUGGAUUUCGGGAAUGAGGCUGAUCAACGCGCCAAGGAGGCCGAGCUUCGUGUUCAAGAAUUGGAGGAGGAGGUUCGAGGGCUGUCGGAUGAAUUACAGUUCUAUAAGCGUCAAUGCGAGGCUUGCAUGGUUGAUUCAUCUCUUCAAGGUGUAACUACCCAAGAUAGUUUGCUAGAGUCUGUUUUAGCAACAUUGAUUAGUGGAGAUGAUGCUGUGCCUGGUCAUGCGUUUCUGGAGGCCAAUAGCAGUCAUGAAUCAUGUCUAAGGCUGCUAGAGAUGUGGAAUUUCUUGAAGCCAUCAACUCAAAAAGUCCUAUCACUAGCUGCUGAGUUUAAGGCCCUAGAGAAAGAUAAGGAACAUCUGAGAACUAAUCUUUACAGAGCAGAAGAGGAGGUCAAGUUGUUGUUUGAAGAGAACAAUAUGUUGGAUGAGGAGAACAAGAAAUUACUGAUGAAGUUCAACAAAGAAAGGAACCAGCAUGGUUCUAGUGGAAAGCAUGCGAGCAGUGCACCAGCCAAGUCAAAUAAGCGAAAAUCUAGCUCAAAGACGAGCAGCCUGAUUGAGAAGAAGAUUGAUUUCAGUGAAGCAGAUAUGCCAAGACCACCCUUAUCACCCUUGCGAUGUAAUUCACCUGACUCUAGAAUGCAUAAGAAAUAGUGGGAAAAUCCCUUGACAGCCAAGUUCUUUUCUCAUUCGCAUUUGCUAGUUUAUUUUGUAUUUGGGAUGGUUAGUACUUUUGACAUUGGAACAACAGCAUUGUUGUUUGUAGGUAUUCAAAGAAAUGAAGGGGUGAUUUUUCUCCUGUUCUUUUUCCCAUUAUUUUUGUUUCCAUCAACUUCCCGAGGUGUGAUGGGUAAUAUGAUAAGUUGUUGAACAAAAUUACAGAGCUGAAUCUAUUCAAUAUAGAUCAAAUCACA